AUGCGUGCUCAUGGCAUCAUCAACGCCAGCACUCGACCCCAAUUCGUCUACAACAAACUCAACCUCCAAGUACCAGAGUGCGAUGUCUUCACGUUAAGCGACGCAUACAACCUCCAGGUGCGGCCGAUCGUCGGAAACUUUUGCUACGAUGAACUCGUGAGGAAGCGAGAGCGAGCCAUCAAGCCCAGACGCCAUCCCGUGCCUGGCUCCUCCAAUCUUCCCGCCGAGAGACUCUACCAGCGCCGAUUGCGAAACUUAACUCCCGCCCUAUGGUUUGAGGACCCCUACUUGGUCUGCGUUAUGAUCUCUUUAGCUCAACUCCAAUGGAAGGCUCAGAAGGGGAUGGGAGAAGACUAUUUCGUCCGAUUAUGUGUGACAAGCACCUCCGAUACCACAAACGCACAUGUCUUCCAGGCCGACAUCCCCCCGAAAUUCCUCCGCGCGCUUGACAAUCCGGCCGAAGACAUGGAUAAUCUUGUCUGGCCAGCGAUCCAACAUAUUCAGGUCCCAUUCGAACCGCACGCGAGCUUCUCGGAGCGAGUCGCUGGACAAUUGCUCGCUGGUCUCAAGACACAGGCCCCGGAGGAAACAUCACGGGGAGAGAAGCGCAAGCGUGAUGAAAUGGAAAUUGAGAACGAGACAAAGAGCGUCAAGGCUUGGGAUGGCGUUGUAUCGCUGGCUAAUGGCGUUCAAAAACAGUGUUUCUUAUUGUGUUGA